AUCAUGGGGCCACCAGUCGAGUCAUCCGGUCGGAGGGAGAGGCUGUUUUCUGUUUCCUCAAUCCUCUGUCUUGUCUUGGUCUUGCCAGACCAGAUAGAAGCUUUAACUUAAACUCUUCUAUUUAUUAUAACAUUGAAUUUUGGAGUAAUUUUAUCUCUAUUACUAUUUUUACUCCAAACUUUAAAUAAUCUUACAUGUGUACUUAUACCAUAUCUAUGCACUUUAUCAGUAGUGCAGGUAAAUAUCACAGCAGGUAUAUUUACAUACAUAACAUACGAUAACAACUGAAGACUGAAGAGGAAAUCUUCGACAUACAUCGAGGAGAGACUUCUUCGUCGCCCCAAACAGUGCACCGCCUCUAGUGGUUCAGAAUUACUCCGCUUGCUUCGCUGUAUCACCACUCUCUUUUCCAAUAUAAUAUACAAGAGGAGGUGACUGUGCGCCCGUAGCCCGUUCGUCUUUAAUACUUAAUAUAAUACUUACACAUAAACGCUGGUACUCUGCUCCUAUUCACUACUUGUGUCGUUGUCGCAAUAGUAAUAACUACUAGUAUUACUGUUGUUGCUCAUAUUUUAUUAUUAUAUAUAAAUUUAUAUAUUUGUUGUUGCCUGCUGCUAGUCUGCACACUUUAGUGUUGUGUUGCUGUUUCACAGCAGGCCAACCCAGGCCCGGCUUAAAAAAAAAGUCAGCGUGUUGUUAUUAUUCCUGAAUAUUUGAAUUUAAAAUAUGUACACCUAUUGACUACUGGUUACAUAUUACAGUGGGUACAGUAGUAGUGACGGACAGUAGUAGUACAAAAGAGAAGGAGAAGUAAAGGAGUAGUAAAGAUAUAUUUUGUGUGGACGUCGCCAUUGCUGCUGCUGCUGUGUGAUGACCAUCCGGCUGUUGUCGCUCUAUUAACAAGAUAGAUAAGAAGAAGUUAAACGAGGAUAACACGCGAUUGAGGAAAUAUAUGUAUAUAUUCAUGUGUAUACGUAAUUUGAGUUCUUUGAAAUAAACAAGACAAAAUGUCUGAGCCAUCGGCUAUUUUACGGGCACUGAGGCCAAGGACUCAGCACAAAGUAAGAUCAAGUAAAAAACAACAGGAAAAUGAAGAAUCAGAAGAAGAAGAAGUAGCCGGCGAAACGAGUCAAGUAGAUGACGUUACAGAUUUAAGUGGUUUAAAUGAUUCGAAAGGUGAAGAUGAUAAUAAUCAUGAUAAUAUUGAUAAUAAUGUUGAUAAUAAUAAUGAAAAUAUCAACGACGAUGACGAUAAUAAUGAUUACGACGACGACGAUGAUGAUUAUGAUGAUGAUGAACCUAGACUUACUAUUAAAGAAGAACCUGAGGAUGAUGCAGCGGAUGAGAAAAUUGUAUCGGAAAGUGGCUAUGAGUGUAAAUCAUGUGAGCCUUCUAUUGAAUUCCCUUCAUUGGUUGAAUACUUACAGCAUUUGAAGGACGAGCAUCAUCAAAAGCCCAAGUGUCACGAGUGUCCUCAUUGCAAUUUUAUCUCUCAACAUCCAAAGAGAUUGGAACGUCAUCUUUUAUCAAUUCACAAGGACAUAGAAGCUUCUAAUCAAUCUAACAUGGACAGCCAUCAAAAGAUUCAUCCGCUCAAACGACGUUUCUUUCGAUGUACCAAGUGUUCGUAUAUGACACACGUGCGUGCACGUUACACUAAGCAUGUUAAGUAUCACUCGAUGCCGAUGAUCAAGUGUAAUGAUUGUGACUUUCGUACUCCAUAUAAGUGGAAUUUAGAUCGACAUACACGCAGUCACAAUGGAGGCGGAGCGUUUCAAUGCAGAGCGUGUAAUUUUACUGCUGAAAUACGUCAAAGUUUAACAGUACACGAAACUAAUCAUCAUGAACCUCCUGUUGGAGUUUGCAAUAAAAAAUUAAAUCCUCUUGAUCGUAAGCCACGAAACGGCCCUAAGCGCUACAAUCAGGUUGGCGCAAGUGAUUUUCGAGAGCCCUCCCAAUCUAGUCCAUCAAAAUCUCCAGUAGCGGAUGGGAUUGAUAAUUCACUGGAAGAAACUCCAAAUACUGUUAUAGCUGACGCUGAGUGUAUAGCACUCAAGUGUGACGAAAAAGGAUGUCAAUUUAUUACUGCGUGGGAUUCUGAAAUGCAGCGGCACCUGAUUGAGGCGCACGGACCAUUGCAAUCACCAAAUAAAGCGCGGAAACCAUUACCAAUGCUCAUUCCACUGAGUCCUGAAGGCAAAGUAAAUAAUAGCGUGGCCAAUGGUUCUCCAAAUACACUAAAAGUACCUCGAGUAAGAGUCCGACCGGAGCUCGCAAAAAUUGCACGAGAUACUGAAAUGGCCAAACUGUAUAACAAUCGUGAGACGACUGGAAAGAAGGAAGUGACGGUAAAAUCUUUUGAAAAAAGGAAUGCUUCUUUUUUUGACCGGCUGAAGGAAAGAUUAAUGGGGAGUACAAAUGCUGGUUCAUCACAGGUAGCUGUAAGUAAUCGAGAGGAUUUAAAAUGUUGGUGUACGUUUGAAGCAAUUAGCCUUGAAGAGUUGGCUAAGCAUAAACAAACUCAUCACACUGCGCUCAGUGUGUCUAGUAGUAUAACGCGUUGUCCAAACUGUCGAAGACAUUGUAAAAAUUUGACAGAUCUUGAGUUGCACAUGAAAUUUUGUUCAUCGAUGAGCAAUAAUUUAAUGAUUAGCAAUAGUAGUCAGGAGAAUACUGUCAUUAGUACAAACUAUACGGCUACCUCCAACUGUGAUGAUUUUGAGUUUCCUUUACAAGUGGACUGGGAAGGGAGUGUUGGUGGGCUGAAUUCUUCCGGAUCGUCGGCUGAUGGAGGAGUUACUCAAUCGUCUUCACGCCGAGUAUUCAAAUGUCCCCACUGUCCAUUCUGGGCAUCAACAGCCAGCCGUUUCCAUGUGCACAUUGUUGGCCACUUGAAUCGUAAACCAUUCGAGUGCUCGUUUUGUGCGUACCGAUCAAACUGGCGAUGGGAUAUCACCAAACACAUAAAACUUAAAUCAGCUAGAGAUGCAGCUCAUGCUACUGCUAGAGUUCUGAUGACCGACGAAACUGGUAGAAGAAAUUAUUCAAAGUACAACAAAUAUUUAGCCCAAAUAGACCAACAGAUUCCACAUGAUCUAAGUGAAGAUCAUGGAGUUGUUGAUACUACCUCAGGAGAACCACCAAAGAAAUUAAUUAUUAUUAGUAAAUCCAAAAAUUAUCCAGUACCUCAAAAUUUAACACCAGCCCCUAGCAGUUACAACAACUAUGGAAAAUCAGAUUCUGGAAUAGUAAGUUCUGCUCCUCGUCCACCACCUCCACUUCAGGCUAGAAAUCAAGGCCAAUCAUUGUUGAAAGUUAGUCCGUCUGCUAGUAAUCCAAAUGUUGCUAUUUCUGUAUACGCUUCAAACUCUAAUUCGGUUGCAUCAACUUCUGGUUCUGCAGAAGAGUCCAAACGAACGCUAUGGAAAUGUAAGAAAUGUAAUUUUCGAGAUGCUAAUAAAGAAAUGGUAUUGCAGCAUGUUAAAACUCAUUAUGAGUCGAAUGAACAAUCAUCGAGUGAAUUACAAAAUUUUAUUCCUUGUAAUGAAUGUCCAUUCAAAGCCGAAGAUACAGCUGCACUAGCAAUACAUCAAGUUAAUCAUCGUCCUGAUCGAGAUAAAAUUUUCAAGUGUUAUCAUUGCCCGUAUUACGUCAGAACAAAAGCAGAACUUUUGGAGCACGGACAUUUACAUGGCCAAGAGCUUGCUGUUGAACAUAAAUUAAACUCAAAUGUUGAUUCAUCAGCAAAUAAAAUAAAACUUCAAAAUCAAUCCGCUAAAUUAGAUAUUUCCGUAGAAGAGGUAUCGCAUGUGUCAUCACCUAUUUUAGCAGCAGCUGUUUCAGGAAAUAAUGAAGGUGCUGCGCCACCGCUUUUAUUAGACACACGUGCUUUACCGGACACACCACUUGUCUGGGUAUCACGACCAGACGGAACCUUUGCAAAGAUGUUAAAGUGCCGUCAUUGUCCACACGUUUCAACUCGACGUGCAGAGGUUCGUGAUCACGAGACAAUGCACACUUUAGCCUCAGUAAAUGACUGUACAAUAGCAUGUCCAGACUGUAGUUUCAGAUGUUUAUUACGAGAAACUAUGGAUGCACAUACAGACAUGCAUCGAGGAUCAUUGGGAACUGUACACUGUCUAGUAGAUGACGGUCGUUCUGACGCACAACAGCUUGACGACUUAACAACUCUUUUAGAUUUACCAAGAACACCUAAAUUAGGUCCAGAGCCAGAUUUAUGUGAUCCACGUUUACUUUAUUGCUGUAACAAAUGUCCAGCACGAUUUCUCUGCGAUAAAGAAUUAAGGAUUCAUAUUAAAUAUCACUCUAAUGAUUUAUCUUACUCAUGUGAAUGGUGCUCUUAUGGCUCAAGACAGCAGUCUCAUUUAUCAGCACAUCAAAGAGCUCACACUUCUGAAUACCAAGAACGUACAAGAUAUUUAUUAUCUUUAUACGGCCAUUCUCAGAGAUAUCCACCACCUAGAACAGCAUGCGUUGAAACAAACAACCAAGUUGGAAAUACCGCGAAAAAUAUUGCUUGGAUUGUCGUUCAAAUAUCAGGUUCUGCAGCGAGCUCUUCAAAUCAACAAAAAAAUGAAGACAGAACAUCAAAUCAAGUAUUUACUUGUUCAAAGUGUCCAGCUCGUUACUUUAAACUCGAUGCACUCGAGUACCAUAUGACUCUUCAUGGUUCGAAUAAUAGAUUCAAAUGUACGGAAUGUGAUUAUUCAUCAAAAACAGGACAAAAUUUAUUGAAACAUCAGGUUGUUCAUAGAAGACAAACUGAAAUAAAUGAACCUUCUGCUACUCAAUUACAUUCACCUCAAGAUCCUCAGUUUAAUCCAUUAAUACAGGGAAAUCCGAAUUUUGUUUAUCAAGGAUACGUUAAAAAUGGUAAAGUCAAAGAGAAACGAUUCAAGUGCCAUAAAUGCCCAUCGGCAUUUGAAAAACGUGAACAGUAUCGAGUACAUUUAACAUUACACGGUGCUAAACAACGAUAUCGCUGUGAUACUUGUGAUUAUUCAGUUAAAUAUUAUGCAAAUUAUGUACAACAUUUAAAAAAACAUCAUGUGAAUGCUCAAUCUCAAGCGUCACAACGCCAAGAUGAAACAUCAAUGGAUUAUGAUAAUAAUUUUAUUGAUGAAGAUGAUGUCAAUAAGAGUCCUUCUAAGUCACGUAGAAAAUCAACUAUUUCUUCAAAUACAUUAGGAAAUAAUUCUUCUACCGCUGAAUUUUCAGCUUCAUCUGUUUCUAAUCAAGAUAAACAAUCUAUUAUACUUAUGCAAAAAAAGAGCAAUACAAUAACACCAUUUACUCUUUUACGUUGUACAGAAUGCCCUUUUUCGUCAACUGACAAAGACACAGUUGAUGCUCAUAAACGCCGACAUGGUAUUGAUAGACUUACACCACCCUGUCCGCAUUGUAAUUAUGUGCCACGCAAAGAUGAAAAUAUUAGUGAACAUAUUAGAUUACAUUUUACUAGACUUUAUAAACCAGAAUCCUAUUUAGUUAUCGAUUCGUUGUCACUGACAAUGCGAAAAAUGUCUAGUAGUAAAAAAGAUGAUAAACAUAAAGAAAAUGAACUUAUAUUUCGUGAAUGUGAUGAUGGCAAAUAUUUACCAGUUGCUGUUACCAAUUCGCUGCCUGUUACAAAUGGUAGUAAUUUCGAAAAAAUUAUUGUUGACCCUAAUACUGGCGAAGCAACACGUUUUAGUAUGUAGAAUAUUAGGUUUUGAAUUUUUACUUAAAGCCAUUCUCAGACAACGCCCCUCCCCCCCAAUUUAAAAAAAUUUUCAAUGACUUCCAACUGUCGUAAGGUAUCAAAUUUUAUCAAUUAAUUAAAGAAAUUAAAGUAUUAAUUGAAAAAAGGACAUGUAGUUGCACUUUCACUGAUAUAAAUUUAAAAAAAAAUUACUUACAGUUGCUAUCAAUUGGGAGUUUAACGAAAUUUGUUAAAUAAAUUUCCAUAAAAUCUUUGCCAAUUUUAUGAUUCGAAUUUUAAAUUUUGUAGACUAAAAUUUAUUCAACGAAUUUUGUUUAACUCCUAAUUGAUAACUGUAAGUAAUUUUUUGAAAAUUCUAUAUCUUGGCAAAAUUGCUACUACUUUGUCCUUUUUUCAAUUAAGAUUUUAAUUUUUUUUUAAUUAAUUAAUUAAAUUUUAAUACGGUAAUGACAACUGAGUCAUUGCAUAUUUUUAAAAGUGGGGGGGGGGGCACUGUCUGAGAAUUCCCUUAAUUUUUUAAUAUUUAUAUAUAUAUAUUUAUAAAUAUUUUUUCCCAUACUUUUGGUGAUGUAGAUUUUAUUUUUAAAUUAAUAUAAACGUAAUAUUAAUUAAUUUAUUUAAAAAUAAGGUGUGAUAAAAGUCAUUUCAGCAUAUUUAAUUAUUUACUAUAUUAAUAUAUAUAUAUUUUAAUUGAUAAUAAUUAUUGUUGUAUUAUAAAAUAAACAAAGA